AUGUCCUCGACCACAACCACGGUCAACCCAUACGCUGUUGAGGUCAUUAGGACAAUGAAGGGGGAACUAGUGGGAAGUAUUUUGAACACAGAGGAAUUACUCAACCUUCUUGUUGACCAUGGCGUUAUCUCACAUGACCAGAGGCUGACGGUGUCCAGUAUCCAAUUGCGGGAGGAAAGAAACACCAAACUGCUUGACACGCUCAUCUCUCGUGGCGAGCGGGCUUGUAGGAUUUUCUUCUACCCCUGUUUGAAAAGGGCAGAGCCUGACCUAUACCAGACUGUGAGAGCCUAUGUCGGGAGCGUGAACGAGGGCAUCCGUGAUGCCCGCAGACAGCUAAUAGGAUACUUGCUGGAGCGAGACCACCAAAAGCCAGCGACAAACACACAGCACUCAACGGCUAAAAAAAACUCCCUUAAAACACCUUCAAAAGUAAGCAAAAAGCACAAGGCAAACGAGGCAGAGGUAAAAGAAUGGGUGCCUAUAGAACCUCCCGAGGAAAAACCCGGUCAAAUCUUCACAGCCAUCGCCGGAGGUGAUCUGAGCCUCCUGGAGGAGCUUUUAGAGGGCAGAGAUGUGAACUCCAUCAGGCAGGGCUCGGACAGCCUUCUGCACGUCGCUGCGGAGCAUGGUCAGCUGUCCGUCAUGGAGUUCCUCCUGCAGAAUGGUGCCAAACUGGACACCAGGGACCAACAGGGCCGCACUGCCCUGCACAGAGCGGCCUUGAGGGGCCAGACUGCUGCUGCGAUGGCUCUCGUGAUGGCAGGGGCUGACAUCUACACCUGUGACAAUGCUUCAAACACACCGCUUCACCUAGCGGCACAGAAUGGCCACCUGGACACCGUGCAGGCCCUGGUGGAGCAGGAGGGCAGGCAUCUGAAGAAACACACCACGUUCCUUCACAUGUCAGCGGCACAGGGCGACUCUGAGGUGGCUGACGUGCUUCUGAGGGUAGGAGCGGAGGUAGAUAGUAAAGACAGUGGAGGGAAAACACCACUGUUUCACGCUGUCAGCCGUGGGAAUGAGAGGACAGUCGCCAUGCUCCUGCAGGCAGGGGCCCAGGUGGACUCUAAUGUUAUGGCCAGUGCAUUUGACCUCAACAGCAAGUCCAUGCUGAGACUACUGCUUCAGAACACGCAGGGGAAAAUGACGUCCAAGUCCAUGAACUCUGCACUGUUCAGAGCUGUGCAAAGGAAUCUGGGUGGGAUUGUCACAGCUCUCAUAGACAGUGGGGCUGAUGUCAACACCCAGAACAACCAGAGCUACACUCCUCUGCUCCUGGCUGCUGAGCUAGGAAACAUGGACGCUUUCAAGGCCUUGGUGGAGAAAAAAGCCAACCUGGAGGCACGGCUGUCUAACUCAACAACGGCCCUACACCUGGCUGCUCAGAGUGGCAAUGUGACCAUAACACAGAUGCUGCUAGAAAAAGGGACUGGACCAGACAUCACUGAACCUAAAGACCAGACUCCCUUGCACAUGGCUGCCCUACAUAACCAGCCUGCACUGGUUGGCGCGCUGCUGCGAGCUGGGGCUCAGGUGAACGCUAUCACUCAAGAUGGACACAGUGCGCUCCACCUUGCCAGCCAGAGAGGCCACUCCGAGGUGGUGGCCCAGCUGGUAAGGGCAAAGGCUGACCUGAGCAUGCGGGACAGGGAGGGGAGGAGCGCUUUGCACUGGGCGUCCGUCCGGGGAGAGGCGUCUGUAAUCAAGCUGCUGCUUUCGGCCGGGGCAGACGUCAGUGCCGCGGAGAAGGAGAAGAAGAGCCCACUGCACCUGGCAGCCAUGGAGGGAAAUGCUGAGGCCUUGUCCACUCUGCUGCUGCUGGGGAAAGCCAGAGUGGAGGCCAAAGACAUGGAUGGCUGCACUGCUCUUCACUACGCCUCAGCCAAUGGACACAUAGAGGCUGCAACAGCCCUCUUAUCUGCUGGGAAAAACAAAAAUGUGGACAGCAAGAACACAUGGAGGAGGACCCCACUACACACUGCAUGCGAACAGGGCCACGAGGCACUAGUGGAGCUGCUUCUCAGCGCUGGGGCCAAGAUCAACGGCACAGACAGCAACAAGGACACGCCGCUUCACUGUGCCUGCCGUGCAGGGCACCUGGCCAUUGUCCAAAAGCUUGUAAACUGGUCACACAAGGAGAAGGCAAACCUACAGGCCACAAAUAAUGUGAAGAAAACUCCUUUACAAGUGUCUGAAGAUGGAGAUAUGUUAAAUCACACACACAUUGCUAUUCUGCUGAAGAAGAAGAUGUUUUUGAUCAAAUGA